AUGGACACUCUAGUUUAUCCGCCGCCACAUACUUUGGGUUUACGACUGCCCAUCUCUAGACGGUCGUACAAUCAGAACUCACCGGUUUCCCCAGAACCUGAUCCUAUCCUGGAGGACACACCCGACCUACCUGAUGAACGAGAUAUCGAUUAUUCCGUUGUACCUCCAGAUGUUGGUCUUAAUGUGCUGUUGAAUGAAGUUGGGUGUGAGAUUUCUGCACCCGAUACUCCAUCGAAGUUCGCAAAGCGUGCUCUUUGCUCGUUCUCUUCAAAUUCCACGCCAACAGAGGAGGAUUUGGACGAUUAUCCUUUUCACGUUGUAUCAUACGGUGAAAAUAGUAGCUGUUUUGGUCUACCUUACAAUGAUCAUAACUAUGCUUUGGUCGAGUUACAUUGUAAAUCAGGAGGGUCGAACAACGCCUCUAGCACUAUUUCAUCCAAUGCAGAACACGAAGAUCGUUUAGCUCUGCUGGCCAAACUCGCCUUAGCCAAGGAUGAUAAACAGUGUCCAAAGUCCGCUAUUUAUGCACAUAAAUGUUCCGGGUCUUUUAAUCCCGAGUUGAGUCGAUUUCAACCAGAUCCUUCCAAUUUGGUUUCCGUAUCGACAUCGGACUUCACUCAGCUAUCUCCUCGAGUGCUGACCGGAAAAUCCGCGACAGAAGCGUUUGCGUUGGCCAAUGGUUUACACACUUCAUCCGCAGCCCUGGGGUCAGAUGGCCGCACUCUUUCAGGCGGUACUGGCCGCGCACUGGUGCUUCCAGCUAUUGCAUCUGUGUCUACUGUUGCUUCGUCUUCAUUAACAAGCGCAAACACUACCCUUCCAUCCAACGCACCCUUACAGGUCCAUCGGGUUACUUCUUCCCUUACACCGCAUGUUGUACUGCGGACAGGCCUGCCAGCCUUGCAGAUUAGCACUACUGUCCCACGUGCCACAUACCCAACCGAAUCUCCCGGAAUCAUCAGAUGCGCUUGUGGCUAUACGCACACCGAUGGUUGUGUGGUCCAAUGUGAAAAAUGUUGCUCCUGGCUGCAUGCGGACUGUGUUACCCCGGCGAACGGAGCAGCGAUUCCAUCACCCUACGUUUGUGACCGUUGUGUUGUCACGCGACCACCGCCUUCCGCUACGGUCACCAUCCAACGGCAUCAGCUUUCUAAUUUUUCCGGUUCUGGAACCAACGGAAGCACCAGUAUUCGUGUCUCCCGUACUACUGCACUGGGUACAGGCAGCGCAUCCGGUCGUAUCUUUGUUACACCAGCUGCGAACUCGACCAAUGCUCGCCAGCUUCAUCUAUGCCUUCCUAAUCGAACACAUCAGGUUGCUCCUGUGUCUCGCCCAGAAGUCCAAGUUUUGUCUAACACAACUCAACUGAACACUGGCACCGCUCGUUACAUCAGUUUGGUUACGCAAUCCACACCUUGUAUAACCCAGUCGCAGCCACUUCGCAGCUCGAAGCGCAAACAAGACUUGCUCACACUCACUGGAAGUUCCAAUGCGGGGUUGGAAUGCAUGACCAGCUCUGUGUCUGGUAGUGGUGGUUCCGCUGAACUGUUGGAGACCCAAACUUCGGAGGUUCACACAACCGUGUCCACGGACUCACUGUCCACCGCGUCACCUCUGGGAACCGUCGUUGCUAAAAACGUUUACACAUCUACGCCAGAAGUGACAGGAUCUAUGGCAAAAAUGGCUGGCAGUUCGCUGCAUCGUUUAUUGAUGCAAUGCCCGGACCAACAACAGCAACAGCAUUUACAACAAUCGCCACAUCAAUCUCAGCAGCAACAACAACAGUCUUAUCAGCGACGCAGCCUGUUACAGAACGGCUCUGAAGAGCUGCGCGCAGAUGGAUCUUCUCCAUCCUCUACUUUGUCCUCCGAUUCAAUUCGCUCGCCUCCGUUAGAAGGAUACGAAGAAGCAUCAGACCUGCGUAUGAGCGAUCGUCUUUUUGACAAACUUGACGGUUUAGUUUCGCCAACAGCGCCACCCAAUGCACUAAGUGAGAUGAGCACGUUUUCAGUCGAUGAUCUUCCACCCCGACUGUCCGCAAUGCAUCGGUGUCAAGUGGUGUGUUUUGAGUUCAAUCGCAAGGGCCUCGUUGCUUCGGAAGAUCUCUAUCCUCAACAACCCGUCGUCGAAUAUCGGGGAUUGUGUAUGCUUCUAUCAGAGUACAACGAGAUGUAUGACUACCGUAAACAUUACAACCCCUUCGUGCUGUUCUAUAAAACUUGGCCAAAAAUGGCACUGUGUGUGGAUGCACGCAAGUACGGCAACGAAGCACGAUUCAUACGGCGCUCAUGCACACCGAAUUGUCAAGUCAAACACUGUUUAUCGAUCACCAAUGAUCCUAUAUCGGGACCCACUCCACGGAUUCGUCUUUUGAUCGUGGCGAAUCGACCUAUCAUGAGAAAUACCGAAUUGACCUUACCCUUUGAUUUCGACUUCACCGCCUGUCGAUAUCUGGUCAAAUGCGCUUGCGCACGAAAAGGUUGCCCUGUGGCUCGAUGGUUCCGCCAAACCACUCAAGCGGACUCGGGUUCUCACAAUUCGAAUUUGAUGUAUUCCAGAAAGUUACCUACUGGCUCUCGGGGUGCUGGUGCAACUUCGCGAUCGCGGGGUCUAACAUCCAGCAUACAGGACAACUAUUCCGAUAUUUUAGCGGAUAAUUUUGAUGCAGAUGAACGUUAUGGUUCGAAUAAUUGGUCCGACAGUCGAUUAGAUACUGAAACUCUACCACCUGUGGGAUCAGGCGGAAUCAUACGUCCAGUUCGUCGUCGAGGCCGAAGCCGUGGUCGACAUAGGGGAUCUUCUGUAGAGUUCGGAUUGGUAACCUCUCGAGGAUCUAACAAGGGUAUGAUAAAACCAGCUUCGCGGGGUCGACCACCCGGCAGCGGAAGUCGGUCACGCCUACAGGGUCACCCACGUCGCCGGGGAAUGAAUCUGGCUGGACGUCCGCGAAUACACGGAAGGUACCCUCAAACCGACCUUCACAGACUCCAUGCAGUCGACGAAUCAAGUGCUGAGUCAGAAAACUCAGCAACAGAUUCCCCAAUCAAGUCACCCACAAAUACUUCGAAGUCGCGUGAUAGGCGUCCGAACUAUGUUAGCCGAAACGAAGAUAGCUAUGUAGAAUUUGGGGUCAAUCAUCGUUGGUCCGAAUCUUCCGCCGGGAUCGAUGCUCAAGAAGAUGAUCUGGAUGGAGAUACUGAGCCGGAAUGUGGUUCUGAUCGAAAGACAACCACUUCGUCUAGCCAAAUUUCUACCCAUUCAAAGCAGCGUACACUUGUCUCUCCUAAGUAUAUCCCACUGGAUGAAUCUGAUCAUCCGGACAAGGACAGCUCAUCUAUUCCCCCUUCCGGAGCAGAUCUGAUGAAUCGUCUUGAACGGGAUAGCCGUAAGAUCGUCAAAUCUAAGAAUCAGACCAUUGAAAUCAACGAACGCCGCAAACGACGGAUUAGUGGGGCGGACGGAACAGCACAAAGUCCUCCUCCUCGGAAGAACCCUAUUCCCAAUCAAGGGGAUAAGAAGAAAUCUCGAGAGGAAAUUUGGAUGGAUGAAGUGUUGCGUCGGAUUGAGCGGAUGGAAAAGAAACAACAACAACAAAAGCAACGACCAAAUGCUACUGAGAAACACGAGGUAGAGGAUACCAGUGAAGCCUCAGGGACGUCAGUUGUUAUAGAUGCCACCGCCCACUUGGACAACGCUGAGCUUACAAAAGAAGAUUUUGAUCAGAAAAUGUCAGAAGAAGCGGAUGCUAGUAUAGAGUCCAUAUUAGAACCGCUUCACGAGGAAUCGAAACAGAGCAACAUGCAGGUUACAUGUAACCCUCCAGAGCAAUCGAAUUUGUCACAGACUCCAGAAAGCAAUAAACAACAACAGUUGGAAUCAACAGAAGAGGUUUUAUGUGUGGAGAAUGUUUCCGUGCAAAGUAAUGAUAAACAUUCUGGACCUACUCCUUCCGUUUCACUUAAAUCUCCUUUGAAGACAGUGGAUUCAAAUAAAAACCGCGGGAAGCAAAAGCAAUCUGGAUCAGCAUUGAAAAAUAAGAGGCGUCGUUCACAGACACCUGUUCUUUUCGAGAGCUUCCCCAACGCUAUUGAGCGUCGUGAUUCACGGGAGGAUCGAUGGUUAAAAUCACAAUUGCGGCGCAUCGCUGAGUUGGAAGAUCAAACUGUUGGGACGCACAAGGAGAAGGAUCACGCGAUGCUCGACGGAUUUACCAACGGCUCUGAUACCGCCUCGCAAACCGAUGGUACCACCUUCGAUAAUACCAAAGAUUCGUCCCAUGAAUUGGUGUCUGAUUCCCUACAAUCAGGUUUGCACACAUCGUAUCAAGAGACGCGAAACCGUCGACGUCGACGCCAAUCAUCUCCAGGUGGACAAACUUCGGAUUCUUUAGAACCUCCCAACAGUCAUUCCCCACUAACCACCAAACCGGUUGAUAACGGCCAAGUUGGUGGCAUUGCAGAUCAUAGUCCCGAAGCAGAUUGCACACUGAUUGUGUAUCGAACGCGUGAAAAAGAUCCAAUGGCCAAAUUCAGCCGCAACCGUAAAGUCGAUAACAGCUUGAACGUCACCAACAACGAUCAAACCGUUAUGACACCGUCGAAGGAUCUCGAAAAUACGCCAACCACCUGUAGUUACCCUGCGAUGGCUGCCCUUACUCCUUCCGCUCAUUCAGCCCCGAGACCUAGCAAGAAAAGGUGGCUCUGUCAAGCAUUGAUGGAGGAAGAAGACAGUAAUUUGAAUUGGAAAUCUGAAACCACUCCAACAGGUGACCCCUCGAAUCAAAAAACAACGCACUCGGAAGAUUCGAUUCUUAUAGAGCGUACAAAUAUGCGGACACCACCCAACACAAGCACGAAUUGCCCCGUUAAUCCUAAAAAGCGGCUGAUUUCACAAUUCUCUGGUGUUGGAGACGAUUCGGUGUGCAUAGUGUCAACGUCAGCGGAAGUAACGCCGGCUGUACUCUCAACUUCAGAUUGUGAAGUUGCAUCCUCCGCGGUAAAGUCAAACGAAACAAUAACUUCGCCAAAUGAACCCGCAUCUCAUCCACCGCCGGUCUCUUCCGAACAGAUGAUCACCGAACCGUGCACAUCUCAUUCUACACCAUUACCACCGAAGAAGGCGACAGUGAAACAGCAAGCUGAGCAGUUGCGUCAACAGGAAAUGCGGAAAGUGCGCGUCUCUUUGUCGGAGUAUCGGCGUCGGCGAGGUUUAUCUUCCACUUCCUCCGCUGCCAAUUCUGUAAAACCCGAUAUAGACGGAUCAAAACAGACCCAUUCUUCAGUAAAGUCGUCUGCCGUUCAUCAGUUGGAAGCAAUUCUUCCUCCCGGCUUGGUUGAUCCUGGGUUACUCUUGGAAGAACUACCAAAGUACUACGAUCAACUUCGUCUUCCUACGCCUGUUUCAACAGAAUCGACCCAAACUGCAGAGCGUACAUCUCCGACCGCCAUUCGCAGUGCCGUAGAUCAGGAUCUCGAGUCCUUUUUAAACAAAGCCAGUCUGCUACGGAAUUCCGAUAACCUAAUUUCUGAACGUGGUCCGCGAACCCCCAGUGAACCACCGGACGACGAAGACUACGAGGAUGCGGAUGGUGAAUUGCAAGCAACUGUCUAUGGACGACAAGCAAGCACACCGCAUCUGAAUUCACUCACAUCUAACAAAACUGCUGGUACUUCUGAUGGACGAUGUUGGUCUACAGAAAGGUCCCCAAAACGUGUUGUAAAUUCCUCAUCCCGUCCGUACUCCUAUUCAAGUUACACAGAUUCCAAGCUCGUGCCAGUCAUCGCUCACUCACAAUUUUCGCGGGCACCAACUCGGCCGGAUGAUAGAAAUGUCGGUCUUGUUCUUGCCUGUAACACCUCGCACACCUCUGGGGAAUCGCGACUACCUGGUGCCUGUUUGGAAGAAGUGGCUGUCAGUCAUGCUGACAAGCAGGUUAGUUUACCCUAUCUGCUGAAUGUACUUUCUUCUUCUGUUUUGGGUGCACUGUACUGGAAGGUAGCUCGGAAAUCUUCAACUGGCAGUCCGAACCACUGUUCACCGCCACCUCCUCCACCGCCGCCACCACCAAUCCGGCCGGCUUUAUCGGUUAAUACCGCCGUGGAUUAUGAGAUCUCUUCGAGUCCAGUAGACUCAGGUCCUCAGCGGCGCCUCUCUGGGUCGGACGUGUCAUCUACUUAUGGCAAUGUAGAACAUAUCCCAGAGACUAACUCUUUGGAGUAUUUCAUAAAGCGCGAUCAGGAGAUUCGUCAUUGGCAAGAGGCACGUUCAUACGAGUGGGAUCGGCGUCGUGUAUCUUCGGGUCAUCGUCCGCCCGCAGAUGCAUAUUCACAUACACGUCAUUGGUCCCAAAAAAAGCAUCACUGGCGCAAUUCUGCUGCUCAUUCACCUUUUGUUGUUCAUCAUCCCACACGAUCCGGAAUGGAUGAUAAACACUCUCGGCACGCAGCUUCUAAUGUAGCUGGCCACUUAUUUGAUGUGGAACAAACACUGCAUCGUUUACAAGACAGUUUACGCGCACAACUGGAUCGAACUCGUAUGGCGUUGACUCCACAGAACGGCACAACACUCGACCGAAUCCCAUCCUUCCAUGGUACUGGAUGUACUGUGGGCGCCAACGACCUAGUACCAUAUACAACGGAACGAUUAAACUUCACCGGACGUCUUAACCUAGCUGAACAUCGAAUUCACACCAGCUCUUCACCCAGCUAG